AAAAUAAUGGCAGAUUUUUGGAAACCUACAGCUGAAUUAUACAGUGCAUUAUUUGAAAAGCCAAAAAUGUCAUAGAAAUUACUUGAGAAGCCUCCAUUUAAAUAUAUAUUUGAUAUAAUAAUGGAAACAACUAAAUAAACAGGUUUCAAAUUUAAAUUUAUAUUAGGUUAUGGAAAGGGACUUUAUACAGGAGAUGAAUUGGAUGGAAAUACAUAUGAUAAUAAAGAUAAGAAGCUUUAAUUCUUAUAAAAAAUAAUAGAUUUGACAUCUAUGAUGUUAAAAGAGGAGAUAGCUGCAAAGCCUGGUAAAAUAGCUGCAGGUUUAGAACCUGAGAAUACAAAUCUAUUAUUAUAAGCAAUAUAUAGAGCAGCUGUAAGUGGUAAAAAUAGUGAUCCAUUUGUAAAGAAAGUAUUAUUAUUGUAUAAUGAAUAUUAAGAUUUUAGGAGGAGGAGGAGCAAAAGAUCCUGAACCUUAAAAAAAAGAAUAGCCUAAGUAAGAACCAAAAGUUUAAUAACCUCCUCCAAAAGAAUAAGCAGCACCACCAUAAGUAAAAGAGGAAAAGAAACCUGAAGAAAAAAAAGUAGCUCCACCAAAAGAAGAUCCAAAACCAAAAUAAUAAGUAUAAUAACAACCAGUUUAAUAACCAAAAGAAACUUAAAAAUAAUAAUAAUAACCUCCUCCUUAAUAAUAAUAAUAAUAAACAUAAGAAGGAAAUGUAAGACCUUCUACUGCUAAAAAAAGACCACCUUAAUUACCUAGUAAUCAAGUUUAAGUUGAUUAAAAUUAAAAAAAAGGAGGAACAGCUAAUGUAAUUAUAGAAGGUAAAGGAAAUAAUGAUGAUGAUGAUGGAAUUGUAGUUUAAAAUAAUGUUAAACCAAAUGCUGAUAUUAAUGCUCAAGAAUAUGGGAAAUUUGUUAGAGAUAAUAUGAAAAAUUAAGAUAAGGGAAAAGAAGAAGAAAAAGAAAAAGAAAAAGAUCAACCUAAAGAAGGUAUUAUUAUGAAAAGAAUAGGAAAAGUUAAUGUUCAAAAAGGUAUUUAUUUUAUUUCUAUAUUCAGAUAAAAUUAAAGAAGAAAUUGCAUAAAAUCUUGGAACUUCCUAAGUUUCUGAUACUCUAGUAAUGCAAAAAUUAAUCUAAUCUAUGAGUUAAAAUGUCAAUCCUUUAGCUAAAUAAAUUGAAUUUAUUUAAGAUGAUAUUGAAAAUAUGAAUAGAGAAUUACAAUAAUGGAGGAAAAUCUAUAAUGUUUCUAAAUAAAAAAUGGUUGAUAUGAAUAGAGCAACCGAAGAAGUAAUACAUAUUUAUUAAUUUUUAGGCUUAAUAACCAUUGUAUGACAAAAUUGCUGAAGUAGAAGAAGUUAUUAAAGAAAAAAAAUCUAAAAUAUAAAACAUCAAAGCUUAAAUUAUAAAAAAUAAAUUACAAAUUGACUAAUUGCUAAAAGCAGUUUUAGUAUAAAAAUGAG